CUGUGCUCAGCUGCCUGCAACCUGGAUGAGGCAGGAGCUCCCUAUCUGGGAGCAGGACUGGGCAGUGCAAGGCUGUGCCCACACUGGGGUCCCCAGGGUGGUGUAUGGGGGCUUUGGGCACCUGGGGAUGCUGGUGUGGAUCCCCAAGACUCAACUGCCCGAGGCAGCUGGGGCCACAGGCUGGGUGCACGUGCAGGGACACAGUGCUGUGCUAGGGACACCGUGGCUUGGGUCAUGUCCCUCCACCUGCUCUGCUUUUCACACGGGUGCUCAGGAAAUGUGUGGUGGCUCUUGCAAUGACUGAGCACGGUGAACCUCCCGCUGCUGCGAGGUAGAAACAAACCCCGCACGUAGGGCCAGGGACACCUGGGGGCUGGGGCACACCCGGGCUGGGCUCCCAGCGGUGAGGCUGGGUGGAGAAAGGCUGCCCUGGGUGUGGUUCUGACCUCGCGGCCGGGCCACCCGUGCCGAGCUCUCCUCACUCAGCCUCCCUCUGCACAGGUGACUCCCAGCCCCUUCUCAGAGCUGAUGGCCACCUCUGACUUCUACCCCUGGGAGGACAGCUACUGGGGCGAGGCCACCAUGCUGCCGGAGCUCUGUGAGAAGCAGGCAGUACAGGGCUUGGUCCGCACCUUCCAGCUUGCCUUGUACCCUCUGCUCUUGCUGCUGGGCAUAGUGGGGAACGGGCUGGUGCUGCUCACACACACCCGCUACCGCCAGGCACAUAGUGUCACCGAUGUCUGCCUGCUGCACCUCGCUCUGUCCGACCUCCUGCUGCUCCUGAUGCUGCCCUUCGCCAUCACCGACACGGUGCAGGGCUGGUCCCCAGUCACAGCCGUCUGCAAGGCGCUGCAGGGUCUCUACGCCCUCAACUUUUACAGCGGCUUCCUCUUCCUCACUUGCAUCAGCGUGGAUCGCUACGUGGCCAUUGUGCAGGCGACAACUGCCUGCCGCCUGCGCCCACGAGCCCGCCGGCACGGCUGGCUAGCAGCGGGGCUGGCCUGGCUGCUGGCCACGCUGCUAGCACUGCCCCAGUUCAUCUUCAGCCAGGCAGAGCAGCACCAGGAUCUCCGCCUCUGUCGUGUCGUCUUCCCCCGUGUGGUCUCACGGGCAGCCCGGGGAGCCACCAGCCUGCUGCAGGUGGCGCUCAGCUUCGCGGUGCCGUGCCUGGUGAUGACAAUCUGCUACGCAGCUGUGGCACGGACACUGCUGGCGACCCGCGGUGCGCAGCCCCACCGGGCGCUGCGGGUGCUGGUGGCCCUCGUGCUGGUGUUUGUGGCCCUGCAGCUGCCCCACAGCCUGAUGGUGCUGCUGGACGCGGCCGAGCUGCUGACCAGCUGGGAGAUGAGCUGUGCCCAGAGCCGCAGCAAGGACCUGGCGCUGCUGGUCACCGGCGGGCUGGCGUACCUGCGCUGCUGCCUCAACCCGCUGCUCUACGCCUUCCUCGGCCGGCGCUUCCGCCGAGAGCUGUGGCUGCUCGCCAGCGACGUGAGGUGGUCCCUCGACCCGCGCUGCUUCGGCUGCCCCAGUCCCCGCCGGCGGACAUCGCUCUCCAGCUGCUUGGAGGUGGUGUAGGAGGCAGUGCCCGCGGCCGCGGCAGGGACCAGCUCCCCGCGGACAGCCCCGUCCGUGCGCAGACCUGCCUCGGUGAGCACCGGGACACGGGCAGCGCCAGACAACCCGCACGGCGCCUGCACACGCCUGAGCAGAGGGAAGAGCAGCGCCUGCACGCCCUGCGAGUGCCUUCACUGCCCGGCGACCCGCGGGGCUGCGCUCCCUGCAGAGCCCUGCAAUGUCACCGCGCCGCGGGCCGUGCGAUGUUUCGCGUACUCUGGGGGUCCGGGCGGUGCCGUGAGCGGUUCGGUGGGUGCAACACCGGGGCCAGGCAGGCAGCUGGUUCCCACUCUCACAAUAAACCCCGAACGAGUCCCGGUGGGCGAGCGCGGUCUCCGUGCGGGGUGACGCUGCCCCGGGGGGUUUGUGGGGCCGGGGGGGCUCCUUGGCCACCGGCACCGGCGGGCGAUGCCUGCAGGAGGCAGCAGAAGCUCGCGCUUCCUGCCUGCCCUCCGCUCGUCCCCGCCGCUGGAGGGACAGGGAGCCCCCGGAAAAACCCUCCUUGGGUCCUGCACCCCAGGGCGGGGCAGGGGGAGGUUUGUCUCUCCUCCUUACUCCCCCCACGAGCUCCUGUGCCACGACACAUCCCGGCCCAGAGGCCCUGCGGCACCGGGGUGCUGCGCUGGGUCCGGCCCGGCCCGGACACGUGGCGACCAACAGAUGACCACGGGCUAGGACAUGGCGAGUGACACUUUGUCCCACGGGCUGGCACAUGGUGCCAUGGGCCGGCAGCGCCGGGGCCGUGCAGUGUCCCCCUCACCUGGCUAAGGAAACACUCCAAAGUGCCGGGAGCAGGACUGGGCUCGGCUGUGGUGCAGCUGCUCAUGGAGCCUCCCAGCAGAGCUGGGCAUGCAGGGAAGCACCUCCCGGUGCUGCCGGGCCUGGAGGCUACUUCCUCUUCACCCCCUGCUCUGUUUGGGAUUAGCCCAGGACUCAAGGCUCGACUGGAAGAAGCCCUUCCAGAAGCUUCACCUACUGCCGGGCCAGAAGCAGGUUACUGCUGACUCAGCAGCCCCAGAGGCGGGGUGAUGGGCCUCUGUCCCCCACAGCCCUCGGUGGGGACCAAGAGCCAGAAUCGGGCAGUUUUUGGCCACACAGCACAGCUGCCCCUGUUGCCCACCCAGCCUGUGGUCUGGGGUGGUCCCGUUCCAGUCCUCUGAUGGCCGCACAGCUGGUGGGCUCUGCUGGAUGCUGGUGACUGGCCUGGCUGCACAGCCGGCCCCACACCAGGGGCUCAGCCCCAGGCACGAUCCAGAGCAGGCUGCGUGGGAGGGGAACUGGCAGCCGGCGCUUCCUGCCUGCGCAUCCCAGCAGCCCGGCUCCCAGGGACGGCGCUGACCCGACAGCUGUGGCAAAGCCAGAGCCUUAACUCCUGGGGCUUCGGGAGUGGGGCCAGGGCCUGGACGCUGCCAUGGCACCCACGGCUUGAGGGUGCCACAGACCCUCUGCCACUGGGCACAGCCCGGGGCUGAGCUGAGCCACAUAGCUGUGGCAGCGGGUGUGACCCCACCAUGAACGCCUUCCACCAGCUCCUUUGUGGAAAGUUGCUAUGAGGGCCUGCCUUGGCAUGGUGCCCUCCUGCCCACGGUGCCCUUCUGCCCACGGUGCCCUCCAGCCCGAGCACCGAGCCCACGGUGCUGCCCGCUGGCACAAACUUGGCACCACACCGGGCUGAGUCGCCGUGCUGGGACAGGCGCCAGUGCUGCCGCACGCAGGA